UAGAAAUCCUAUUGCUAUUGAUGUCACCAACCCUGAAUUACAUCAAGGGUACCUUCCUCGAAUUAAAACACCUGAGGGAGUAUAUCUAGGUGAAGCAGCAGUAAAUAGUAAAGACGGAGUUUGUCACGUAAUGGCAAUUAACACCACUGAAAAUGACAUCGACUUGGAAUUGGCUCCUCAAGAAUUAAUUCCUUUUGAUUUUUGUGAAUCACUAGGGGAUGAAGAAUAUGACUCCGAACCUGAAAAUCCUACCCCACAAGCAAAUUCGUAUUCUGAACGAAUCCAAAAGGUUAAGGACGCUCUUUUCUUAUCUCAUUUAAAUUGGGAAGAAAAGAUGUAUGUCCUUAAUUGGGCUGAAGAUUUUGCUGACAUUUUUCAUCUUAACGGAGAGCAACUAAGUUGCACUCACUUAAUCCAACAUAGAAUCCCUACCACCGACGAUAAGGUCAUUCACAAAAAGCAAUACCGAUCUCCCAAUGAAGCCCUAGAACAAAUUGAUGAACAAUUAACCAAACAGUUCAAUAGCUGCAUCAUUGGACAUUCUAGCUCCCCAUAUAAUUCCCCUUUACUUAUUGUACCUAAGAAACUUGACGCUUCUGGUAAAAGAAAGUGGAGGGUAGUUAUUGACUACAGAGCAUUGAAUGAGAAGGUCAUAGGGGAUGCUUUUCCCCUUCCUAACAUCUCAGGAAUUUUUGACAAGCUCGGAACUGCGAGGUUCUUUACAGUUUUCGACCUUGCCAGCGGAUUCCAUCAAAUCGAAACCCACCCCGAUGACCGACAUAAAACAGCUUUUUCCUCUCUAAAUGGGCAUUUCGAAUAUAAGCGAAUGCCCAUGGGAAUAAAAAACGCUCCCCCAACCUUCCAGCGUCUCUUAAAUAAUGUUUUGGGUGGAAUGCUUGAUUCAGAAGCCUUUGUGUACCUUGACGAUAUCAUUAUAUAUUCGGAUACCCUUGAGGAACACGAUAGGCGUGCUCGAAGACUAUUUAGUAGACUUAGAGCUGCAAAUCUGAAACUCCAACCCGACAAAUGCGAAUUCCUGAAAAAGGAAGUGGCCUACCUUGGCCAUAUUGUCGGUAAGGAUGGAGUAAAACCGAAUCCUGCCAAAAUUCUGGCUAUAAAGCAAUUUCCGGUACCGAAAACUCAAAAAGAAGUUCGUAGUUUUCUUGGCCUUUCAGGAUACUAUAGGCGUUUUAUUAAAGACUAUGCCAAAGUAGCGAAGCCAUUAUCCGAUUUGUUAAAGAAAACUGCUGACUGGAAAUGGGAGGACGCACAACAACAAAGCUUUAAAGAUCUUAGAAAAUAUCUAUGUCGAAAACCCAUCCUGCAGUACCCCGACUUCGAAAAACCGUUUAAACUUACGACUGAUGCUUCUCAGCAUGCCAUUGGUUCGAUGUUAACUCAGGAGGUAGACGGAAUCGAUCUUCCCGUCGCAUACUAUUCCAAGGUUUUAAAUGCCGCUGAACAAAAUUACCUCAAGGAAGAAAAAGAGUGCCUAGCCGUUUUGUAUUCUUUGGAACACUUUCGACCCUAUUUAUACGGCCCAGAAUUUGUCCUGUCAUGCGAUUGCGAACCGGUUCAUUGGAUGAAUUAUGUCGAAAAUCCAGGUACUCGGCUCCAAAAAUGGCGGUUGAAACUUCGUGGAUAUCGCUAUAAAUUUGAGUAUAAACCAGGCAAAAUUAGUAGAAUUGUUGAGGCCCUGUCAAACCAUCCUGUUAACGCUAAUGACCCUGAAAAGAAGGACGUAGAAUCCCCCGAAUCAGAAUGGACCGAUUCAUCUGAGGAAUCUAGUCAGGAUAAACAGAGUGAACCUAGUAUUGAACCUCAAAAUAGUUCACCCCCACUACGUGCCCUGCCUAUUACACAAACAGAUACUCAAGCAAAAAGUAGUGAAAGUGCGCGAGUGAAUUCGGGAAACAAUCAAGACAAUACCGGAUCCUCUCAAUCAAGUGCACCCCAAAGACUCCUGACAAGAUCACAGAGCCUUCACACGAAAACACCUGCUCCACGAUUUAAUCCGAUUCCUAAUCCUACAAGAGAAAAGAGGGAUAACCCGCCAUCUUCAAAGCUGACGAGACCACCAUGGGGAGCGAGACAACCACCACCUCCACCGGCGACAUCUCGAGCAACAAAAUCCACAGGAUCCACGAAAAAACCAACUCUAGCGACAGAAUCACGACCUGUAAUAAAAUCAAAAUCCGUACGUGCAAGUGCAGAUAAUUUUCCUGUCCCUGGAACAUCAGCAGCAACAAAUCCACCUGCUGCCAGACCUCGAGGAAGACCUCCAGGAUCUACUAAAUUAAAGGAACAAGGAGACGAAGACACUUACGUUCCCCCUACAGGAACGAAGGAUGUUGAUCCCAACAUCAGUAGCAUUGCAAAACGGCUAAGAAAAAGAAAGUUGGAAAUUCAAGAAAAAGCUCUACCCGAAGAAAAUCAAUCAUCUUCUUCCGACGAACCCGCUUCAGAAAGCGAAAAUGAAGAGACAUCUGAAGCUCCCGUUUUCCGCGCUGAUCAUAGUGUUUUCCCUAGUGUUCCCCCGCAUAUAACAUCGAGAAUAUCAUCUCCAGAGGAGAACAUUCCGUCAACUUCUCAACCUGCCAUUCCCAAUCCACUGAUUCCAUACAUCGACGUUUACGUAGAUGGCGCUUGUUGCGACAACGGAGGAGUCCGUCCACGUGCUGGAAUUGGUGUGUGGUUUGGACCACACAAUCCACUUAACAUCUCCAAGCGAUAUGGAGGUCGGCAGACCAACAAUGCCUCUGAAAUCGAAGCAGCUGUAGCAGCAAUCAAGCAGGCAAAAAGAGCCGGAUUCCAACAUCUCAAGAUUAAAUCCGACUCGAAGUCCCUCGUCCAAGGAGUCCAGGAAUGGCUUCCAAAAUGGCAGCAAAAUGGCUGGAAAACAAAUGAGAAUAAGCCAGUGAAAAAUAAAAGUGCAUAUGAGCGACUACUUAAGGCAAUGAAAAAGACAGACGUUAUUUGGGAACACGUACCUGGUCAUAAUGGAGUCGACGGAAACGAAAAUGCUGAUCGUUUGGCAAGAGAAGGCGCGAUGCUUGAACUAGCCUCAGAAUCCAGCUCCUCUGACUCUUCAGAUGAGGAACAUGUCGAAGAAACACCCUCGGAACCAGUGGUCGUCGUAGGACCUCCCAGGCCAGUUGACAGCGAAGAAAGCUUCGAAUCCUCUUCUGAUACCGAGGUUGAACGUGAGUCAACGAUUCCAAACGUUUCAUGCAAUCAAUCGUCUCAACUAGUCGAACCUUCAGUAAAUGCAGGAGCAACCCAAUCUUAUAUCUACGAUCAAACUCUAAUGUGGGAUAAUGAAUUUAUGAACAAAACCCAAAGAAGUAGAGCCUAUGUAUCGGAAGGAGAAAACGAUGAAGAAUAUCUUGAGCAAUUAAAAGCUAUGGAUCCAUGCGAAGAAACCAAUGACGAUGUUUUUGCAGAACGAGUUAACAAAUUUUUGGAAAGCUUCAAUAAAAAUCGGGGAAAUGCAAGAUCACCGGAACAGGAACUCGACACUCAGGCAAUACCUUCCACCAUUGUUCCCUCAACAUCUGAAACUUUGAAAGAUACUCCCAUGACGAGCCAUCCCUUGUCUCGGGAAACGCGAAGUGUUGUACGAUUUCAAGAAUUACCAGAAGUCAUCGAAGAAAAUAGUGCCAAUUUUCCAGUUUUCACCCCAGGGUCUUCAACAGCCCCAGGAGCACAGUCAACCCCAUUUACCCGGUUUCGAAAGGAAGAUGUAACCAAACCAGACGAAAAUAAACGGAAACCAAAUAUUGUGCCUCGCCGACUACAAUCCACAGUGAACGAUUUACCAUCUCAAGAACACUCUGUGCCGCGAGUUCGAUCCUCAAUAGACAUUAAGAUUUCCGACAUAGAAUCCUCUUCGUCAUCUUCACCUGAACCUAUAGAAAUUCCUAUCGCUGACAAAGACAACGCUAAAGUCGAAAAUAUCCUCCAUCAAUGGGCAGAGCCAUUGACCUUCAAGAGAGACAAUUAUGCGCAUUUCAUAGCUGAAGAUUGUGAGCCAGUUGAUUCUAUUUCUAAACUUCUCAUUGCUACAGAAAAGAUUGACGUACAAGAUAUACGAGACAGUAAACUAAAAAAAGGUCAAGUACACGUCACCCUUUGUGGCAAAUAUCGAGUUUAUUCCAUUGUAGUUAAAAAACGACAUUUCGACGAACUUGACUGGAAUGACGUUACAUUAAGUCUAAAAAACUUAAAACACGCUUUAAUUCUUGACAACCAAAUACAUUGCCGUAUGGCCAAUUCUGGAGACUUGCUAGGAAAUUUGCCUCAAAACACCAUGGCGGACAUCUUAGCAGGAAUAUUCCGCGGUGGUGAUAUCAAAAUCACUCUUUGUCACGGAAAAAUUGAAGUUCCUGCUGAGAAGCUACGCCCAAAAAUUAUUGCCGAAUUUCAUGGCAGCCUUAUCGGGGGCCAUAAGGGCAUAACGAAAACCUACCGACGUAUCCGUGAGCGUUAUUAUUGGAAUAGGAUGCGAGACGAGGUCACACAGUUUGUUCGACGAUGCAAAAGUUGCCUCGAAAACAAACUAGUUAGGGCCCGAACUCGGGAACCUAUGCUAAUAACAGACACUCCAGCGAUUCCUUUCGACAAAGUGUCCUUAGACACUGUAGGGAAAUUAAGAACAACCCCUAAUGGGAAUCGUUAUAUCCUCACAAUGCAGGAUAAUUUAACAAAGUAUUGUAUCGCAGUGGCUAUCCCCGACAUUAAAACUACGACCAUUGCACAAGCUGUAGCAACGAAUCUUUUCUCUCUGUAUGGAGCACCACGUUGUGUGCUUACGGAUAGAGGGGGAAGUUUCAUUAGUUCUCUGAUGCGGAAGUUAGAACGAAUUUUCGGUACUAAACAAAUCACAACUUCAGGUUACCGCCCUCAAACUAACGGAGCUUUGGAAAGAAGCCACAUUGAGCUCACGGAUUAUAUCAAACAUUAUGCAAACGAUUUUGACGAUUGGGAUUCUUUUACUUCCGUUUGCGAUGUUCAAUUAUAA